AGUUUUGUGCAUACUAUUGGUGUUAUUGGAAGACAAAAGUCAAUACAGAUAAAACAAAUAUAAAAUUUUACGAGUAACAGAUUCUAAUCAAAUAAACUAAAAAUGAAGAUGAGAAGAGUUAUAUUAGAUGUAGAUGUUGGGACGGACGAUUACAUGGCAUUGCUGCAUUUAUUACAUGCAGAAAAUAGAGGCGAAAUUAAAAUUGAAGGAAUAGUCUGUACAAGUGGAAAUACUGAUCUUGACCAUGUUGUAGUUAAUACUGUAAGGCUACUGGAACUUAUAGGAAGGACUGACAUUCCGGUAUUCAAAGGAGCUAAACGUGAAUUAAUACUUUUAGAUAAUAUAGAACGCUAUCACGGUGAAGACGGUCUUGGAGACCUAUAUUAUGACUCAGAUCCAGAUCUUUCAAUAGUAAGUAAGACACCAGCAGCUAUAGCAAUACACGACAUAGUAGACGCACACCCUAAUGCAGUUUCACUAAUCUGCGUCGGACCACUAACUAAUUUGGCCUUAUCCCUUAAACUCUAUGACGACUUGGCUGCUAAGAUUAAGGAUGUAUGGAUUAUGGGAGGAAACUAUACUGGAGUGGGAAAUGUGUCAAGGGCUGCCGAAUUUAAUUUUCAUGUAGACCCAGAGGCAGCUUAUAUAGUACUUGAAAAUUUAAAAUGUCCAAUUUAUGUUUUACCUUGGGAAACUUGUCUUUUACCAAAAAUACCACUGGAAUGGAGGUUUGAAGCAUUGGGAAACGCGACACCUGAACUUACGGUAUUAACCAAAGCCGAAGAAAUUAUAUACAAAAAACACAAUAGGGAACACUGGACUCCCUGUGACACAUUCCUGACCUUCGCUUUUACGAACCCUGAGGAGCACAUUGUUAAAUCUAGUAUUCACCAUGCGUCUGUUGAGCUUCACGGCGAUCUCACAAGAGGACAGGUGGUACUAGAUCAUCUGAAGAUGAAUCAACCUAAUGUUGUUAUUAUAGAGGAUAUAGAUAGUCAGUUAUUUGUUAAAGAAAUGCUAAAAUGUACAAAGUCUUUAAUCUGUUAAAUAGUUAUUUAAGUGUAUUUUAAUAAAUAUUUAUUUUUUGUGG